UGUCAAUAGUGUCAAAUUCGCAUGUUUUGAUUAAUUUCGUGACCUAACCAAAAAAUCGUAUACCUAUUUCUUAAAAUUUUAUGAAUAUUUUGAUUUUUAUUCGAGACUGGAUAAUAAAAAAUGAGAGACGUAUUUUUGUCAAACUGUGAAAAAAGCUUCAUACAGAAAAUUGUAUCGGAAGGCCACCGAUUAGAUGGCAGAAACUACAAUGAAAGUAGACGGCUAGAUAUAUCGUUUGGAUCAGAUUACGGUAGUUGUAUUGUUUGUUUAGGUGAAACAAAAGUGCUGGCACAGGUGUCUUGUGAAGUGACACAGCCUAAGCAAAUCAGGCCAAAUGAGGGCAUUUUGUACAUCAAUGUGGAGAUCAGCCCUAUGGCCGCACCGCAGUUUGAAGCAAAUAGACAGACUGACCUCACAGUAUACUUGAACAGAUUGCUUGAGAAGUGUUACAAGGACUCAAAAUGCAUUGAUCUUGAAUCUUUGUGUAUAGUGGUUGAAGAAAAAGUAUGGUCUCUCAGGGUGGACAUCAAGGUUUUGAACCACGCAGGCAACUUGAUAGAAUGUGCCAGCAUAGCCACACUCACCUCAUUGGCCCACUUCAAGAGGCCAGAUGUGACCCGUAGCGGUGACAAUGUUAUAAUUCAUACCAUCGCAGAAAAAGAUCCAAUUCCAACUGUACUGUACCACUAUCCAGUAUGUGUGACUUAUGCUAUAUUUGGAAAUGACACACUUCUAUCAGACCCUAGUUUCACUGAAGAAUCCGUUUGCACCAGCAGCACCGAAGAAGGAAUAAACACAGCUGGAGGUUUACUCGUGAUUGGAAUGAACCAAUACAAAGAGUCUCAGAACCAGUCGAGCCCCGAUCCUGAUCAGGGCAGCCAGCAGUCUAACGGCAUUCAGCAGAACCAUCAGGUUCUCCAACAACAACAACAGCAGCAGCAGCAGCAACAACAACAGCAGCAACAUCAACAACAGCAACAACAACAGCAGCAACAACAACAGAAUCAGCAUACUCAACAACACACGCAGACUCUUCAGCAGACUCUGCAGCAGCAACAGCUGCAGAGCCAGCAAACUUUACAGCAGAUGCUGCAGCAGCAUCAACAACAACAGCAGCAGCAGCAGCAACAACAGCAGCAGCAACAACAACAACAGCAGCAACAACAGCAGCAGCAACAACAAGCCUUGCAGCAGAGUUUGCAGCAAACUCUGCAAGUCAGCCAAGCGCAGGCGCAGGCGAUAGUGCAAGCGCAAGCGGUUCUGCAGCAGCAAGUCGCGCAGACGCUGCAGCAACAGCAACAGUCGCUGCAUGAGCAUAUGCAAGCUGUCCAACAGCAGCAGAUACAAGCUGCGCUACAGCGACAGUCGGCCACUUUGCAGGAGCUCCAGCAACAAGCCCAACAGCAAGCCCUUGCCCAAGGCCCAGUAACAAAGACCAGGAUGCCGCGAGUGAGGCCAUACAACAAGCCGCGUGGGCGUAUGACGGCGUACGCUUUCUUCGUGCAAACCUGCCGCGAGGAACACAAGAAGAAACACCCUGAUGAAAACGUCAUCUUCGCUGCCUUCUCCAAGAAGUGCGCUGAGAGGUGGAAUACGAUGUCCGAGAAAGAGAAAGAGCGUUUCCACGAGAUGGCCGAUCAAGACAAGAUGCGAUACGACCGCGAGAUGCAGAACUACGUGCCGCCUAAGGACGUUAAAGUGCGCGGGCGCAAGCGGCAAGUGAAGGACCCGAACGCGCCCAAGCGAUCCUUAUCGGCGUUCUUCUGGUUCUGCAACGACGAGCGUCCCAAAGUGAAGGCCAACAACCCGAUGUUCACGAUGGGUGACAUCGCAAAGGAGUUGGGUCGGCUGUGGGCCGCUGCUGAACCUGAGACCAAGUCCAAAUAUGAAGCUCUCUCUGAACAGGACAAGGCGCGGUAUGAUCGGGAGAUGACAGCAUACAAAAUGGGCCACAUGCGUUUAACGUUAGCGGCGCAACAACAGCAACAGCGGCUACCGGAAGAUGAGGCCGAGGAAUUCGACGCAGAAGCCGAUUUCGACGGAGAAGCGGCCACAGCUUAAGUAGAAGUAGGCCGUAACCAGCGCUGGAAACCGGUUUUCUAACAACCGGUAUUUAAAGGUAAAACCGGUUUCGGUCGUGCUUAGUUCACAGCCGUAUUUUCAAUUCGAAGCUUUAUUUAGGUUGCCUGCAUAUGUAACUGUGUUAACCUGUAUUUUAUUAAGAUUACUGGUACCCUAAAAGGCUUGGCGCUGGACAUGUUUGUCAAUGAUAGAUUUUUGAUUAUGUAAGUGCAAUUAGGACCGGUUUGCCUUGAACCGGUUGACAAAAACCGGUUUCUAAGCCUUUUUUUCGGGUGAUAGCGGGUGUCCAAAUACUUUGGAUCCUGCUCUGUAGUUCAAUAUAAUUUUUACUCAAUUGACGAUUUAUACCGCAUUUAAACUGGUGACUACAUAAUGUAUAGUCAGCUGUUCGUCUCUUUCUCGCACUCAUUACAAGGUAAGAGUGCGAGGGAGUGAACUGUGUGUUUAUACGUUUAAAGUCGACAGUUCUAAACGCAAUACCUCCUUUAGUUUGCUUCGAACUAGAUGCGCGAAUGGGACGAGCGAAACCAAUGCCAUUUUGAUAACGCCAUGCUUAUUAGAUAAUUUAUUGCUACUUUUAAAAGUAACAAAUACCUAUCUUUAUUUUUCGAAUACUUAUUCUUAUCUAUCUAUUCUAGUAUUUCAUAGCACGAAACGACAUUAAGAUAAUAUUUUAAUACAAAAAAAUCGAUAAGCAGGAUUAAAAAACUUGACACAUUCUUUCGUGCACUGGGCCUUUAUGACUUUCUCACAAGCUUAAGAGCGUUUACGCGAAGCGCGGCGUUUCAAGGGGCAUCAUUGGAAAUGAUUCGCGCGCGGCGUUUUUUA